AAAAUAUCCUCGGGUGAGGAUUAAAAAAAAAAACUGACACAAAACUGUGUCUGGGUUAAGACCAGUUCACUCAAUUUAGAUAAUGACUUCUUUAAUGUCUUCUGGUUAUAGGGUUUCUGAGUGGAAUUCAGUUUUUUAAAAGACCAGUUUCAUGCCCAGUGUGUAACAUGCAUAUGGAUAUGCUAAUUCUUUACCAGCUUCAAAGUCACUAACACCUGCAGCAAUAAUCAGAACAGCACAGCCAGCCUGAGAUGACCUGAAAUUGUGUUUUUGAUUAAACCUCUGGACCCUGGGGCAUCAGUGAUGGCCAGUAAUCCUUGCAGGGUUCAGAUAUCCACAGGGAGAUAUGAGUGAUCUUACUCCUAGGUAACCUUCAGUAUAUUCCAGACCUUUGUGUAUUUGAAUAUCCCUUUCCAAUUUCAGCAGCUUCUGCUGUACUCCUUAAUAGUUCUUUCAGGUCUUACUAGAUUAUGAAUAUAUGUGUCUGUAGAUCAUAAACAUAUGUGUUUAAAUAAGUGAGUCUAAAAGCUAUAUUGUGAAUGUAGGUCUUUUUCUUUCCCAUUCUAGCUUAAGCUUAUGGUACCUGGAGACAAAUUCAUUGCAAAAAAGUUCAGUGCCAUUUUAAUAUUAAUACAGUUGUUCCUGGAUUAACAGAGUUCACAAAUCAGUAAAAUUUCAAAAUAAUGUUGGACACACUGAUAAAGGGUUGCCAAGUUUACAUAUUGAGAAGGAAAGAUAUCUUUAAAACCUAUUUACUCUUACUAUUCUUUCAUAAAAAUAUUUCAAUAUCAAAGAAAACUGAUAUAUGUAUGUGUAUAUGGCAAUGUUUUGAACAAGCUGAGGAAAAAACCAUUUUGACCUUAUUUUUCUCAUUUUUACCUCGAAGUUUUGUCAUUCUCAGCAUUGUCAGCAGAGACUAGUUUUGGGGAACCACUGCAUGUAUGCUCUAUACAAUUCAUAAUACAUAUGAUGACAUUGAAAAUAAAAUGAUUGCAGAUCUAGGAUGUGGUUGUGGAGUACUUAGCAUCGGAACUGCAAUGUUAGGAGCUGGGUUGUGUGUUGGAUUUGACAUAGAUGAAGAUGCACUGGAAAUAUUUAAUAGGAAUGUGGAAGAGUUUGAGUUAACAAAUGUUGAUAUGGUUCAAUGUGAUGUGUGCUCAUUAUCUAACAGAAUGUCCAAGUCAUUUGAUACAGUAAUUAUGAAUCCUCCCUUUGGGACCAAGAAUAAUAAAGGGACAGAUAUGGCAUUCCUGAAGACUGCUUUGGAAAUGGCAAGAACAGCAGUAUAUUCUUUGCACAAAUCCUCAACCAGAGAACACAUUCAAAAGAAAGCUGCAGAAUGGAAAAUCAAGAUAGACAUCAUUGCAGAGCUGAGAUAUGACCUGCCAGCAUCAUACAAAUUUCAUAAAAAGAAAUCAGUAAGUUUCGAGCUUUACAAUAAGUAAUUAUUUUU